CAAAUUCAUUUUCAUCCACUCUCUCCUCUUCGCCAUGCACGCAAUUGUUAAUUUUGUUUAACACGCUAUGAGCGAGAUCAAAGUGUGGGAUUUUACGGCUAUAAAAACCUCAGCAGUCGAUCGAUCAUUAAAAAAAAUACUUUUACGUUAAGGGGGAAACCGAUUCACGUUGCUUUUGGCCGAUUUUUCUCAUCAUUUCUGGUGGUCCAAAUUAGGGUUCGGAAGGCAAGGAGAUUCGACCCUGAACCGAUUUGUAAGUACAAAGGAGGUGCAAAGGUGUCGAUAAUGGCGGACGCAGAAGUGAUAAAUGGGUUUCGGCUAAAUACUGGUGAAGUUGUCCGUGUUGGGGAUUUUGUAUAUCUGUUUCCUGCAGAUGCCAAUGUUGAAUUAUAUAUUGCAAGGAUAGAUAAAUUGUACCAUGAUGAAGAAGGAAAGAGACUGAUACAGAUACGGUGGUAUUAUCGGCCUAAAGACCUCCAGCACGAACCGCCUUCAAAUCCCUUGAACAAUGAAGUUUACUAUACAAACUAUUUUGACUGCCAACUGGUUGAGUCCGUCGCAAAGAUCUGCAAGGUUUUCACUAGAUCUGAGUACUUUAAGCUGAAUGAGGAGCAGAAAAGUUAUGACAGGCCCGUGUCUGAAGAGGAUAUAUUCUUCUUCGAAUAUGUUUAUUCGGCGGAGACUGGUUCGUUUAUGAAAAUGUCUGGGUCAGGAGAAGCAGACCGUCGACGUUCUUUUGGGAAACAGAACUCUCCGGAUCCUUCGCUUAAGAUUUUGAUUAAGGCGUUGCUUGACGUUGAAGAAACCAUCCCAAAGGACGCAAAACCUGCCUGUUGGGCCGAUGAACGUUUGACAUGGAUAGCGAAAGUGAAUGAAAGCAAGACAGUACAAAACAUUACUGAGAGACUGCUGCAUUUAGCAGAUUGUUCGCAGCUAAUCAGGGAGAAAGAUGGAAAAAAUGAGUAUAAAUAUUUGUCGGCUUGGAAAAGUGCAGUGACCGCAGAUUCAAGCCCUGAAUCACUUCUUCAGAAUAUAGAACACCUUCAAAACUUUGUCCAGCAGCGAAACGGUAGGGCAGAAAAGAAAAGGAAGCGGUACGGGUCGGAGCAGGGAAAGAAGAAAGACAAGCUGCCCCUUCUCCAAGACGUUUGUGAAGAAUUAGAUGAGAAAAAAGGUGCGAGGAUAAAGGAGGGAAGCACCUACGAGAUCAACCGUACUUGCUUGCCUCCGAAGGCCCCUAUUCAUCUUAAGUACAUUCGAACCGUGCUGGUGGCGGAGAAAACCGACACUCAUGUACGCGUGAAAUUUCCCAGUAUUUUGGCACUGAGAAAUUUGUUUGGUACGGACAAGAAUGUCGAGCAAACUAUGCAACAUCCUUCUUUGGACGAGCAGUUUGUGAUGGGCCAAAAGCUGGCUGAAAGAGUUUUAUGGCGUCAAAUUUCUUCAGGGGAAUAUAAUACGCAAGGCCACCUUGAAAGUUUCUGGCUCAUUUCCGGCGACCCAGCUGACGAAAAACUGCAAAUGAUUCAGCCAGCUCACCUUACCGACGGAACUGAGGACGUGAAAUUGACAAAUGACGAAUGCAAGGAGCUAAUUAAGUUCGAAGGAACACCGGACGUAAAAUUUCCAUCUGAUGUGGAAGGAGACGGGAACAAAUUGCCUGUUAAAUGGGGUCUCCGACGGAAAGUGGCAAUCAAUAGGAAGCAUCGCAGCAUGGAAAAGGGCAAUGAACAGACAUCCACGGGUGGUGAUUCGCUAGAAACUACGACCAAGGUCCCACGGAAGCAGCGGCGUUACACAGUGAACGAGGAUGACCCAACCCCUGGAGAAAUAUCAAGCAUGCUCAGACUCCCCAAAGAGAUGCAAGGGAGAUGGACCGGUGAGAGGUAUAGGGCCGCUCAGUUGAAGCUUGUGGCGAUAAUGAGAGAAAAGGCAGCCGUGCCGGGAAAGCCUAUCUUGCGCCCUGCAUUGAGAGAGGAAGCACGGAAACAUAUUGGGGAUACCGGACUUCUUGAUCACUUGUUGAAGCACAUGACAGACACUGUCAUUAAAAACGGUGAGCGGUUUAGGCGCCGUCACAACGCAGAGGGAGCCAUGGAGUACUGGCUUGAACCGGCCAGUCUUAUGGAGAUAAGGAAACAAGCUGGGAUUCAAGAUCCUUGGUGGAUUCCCCCUCCUGGAUGGCAGCCUGGAGAUAAAGUGUCUCUUUAUGGUUGCGUAUCGGGCAUGACGCCCUCUGAAGCAGAAGAAAUGAAAACUUUAAGAGAGGAACUCAACAAUGUCAAGAGAGAAUUGCUUUCUUGCAAAAAUAUGAAUGUCAAUGAGGAGAAGAAAAUGAUCCAGGAGGAGGAUCACGAUAUUUUGAAGGAAACGUUACAGCAGGCUGAAGCAGAAACCAGCCAAAUAGAUUGUCAAGAUGAAAUGAUGACUCCAUUGGGAACAACUGACCAUAAACACAUACUCGAAGCUUCUGUCUCUUUACAUAAGUGGUCCCGUUGUAACAUUGUUGAGCGAGUUGAGAAGCUUCAAACUGAAACGAACAAAAAAAUCCAGGAAAUGGAGAGCAAUCACAGGGCAGAAAAGAAGCAUUUGGAAUAUCAAAUUGCAAAGGUGACGGAAACUUUGGAAAGAAUGCAGGAGGAGAUGACGAAUCUCAUCAAAUCUGUGGAGAAUUCAAAAGUGGCACCAAUGAAGGAACCGAGCUCUGAAAAGAAAGCACAAACAGGAUUCAGGAUCUGUAAACAAGAGGGAACUUUUCUAUGGCCAAGCAUGACCCCGAAGAGCUCCAACAGGGUGCCCUUAAAAUACAUUUUCUCCCCACGCCAACUUCAGGUAACGCCGCCCUCCGCCGUCUACAAUCUUCCUUCGGAACAUUCCUUGCAGAAAACAGUGAACAUAGACGUAAAAGACACUACAGUUAGCGCCGGCAUCACUUCAACCGUAGUGGUCUGCAAGUCGAGCUCAAAGGGUGGUCUGCAAAACGGCCAGAAGGAUCCUGCACAGGAUACGUGUGGUAACCAGGUGUCUCUGUCGCCCAAGUCCCAUUCUGAAGUUGAAGCAGAAGCAGAAGCAAAAGCCUCCCCUCAUCCCGCAAUGCAAAAGGAAUUACUUUCCAUGUAUCUCACAACGCCCGAGAAGCAAUGGGCUCAGAAUCAGAUGAUUCUGAGUCGUUCUCCCGUGCCAAACUUUAUGAGCGACCAAAUUGUAUGGCCCGUGCCAUCACAGCCUGUCACCACACAUGCUCAAGAUAGCGGCGGCGGCGGCGGCGGCUUCCACGUGGACCUGCCAGAAAGUUCUAGAACGGCUCCAUGUCAGUCGACAUGGCUCGGUUUGGCUCCGCCCGCUGCUUCUUCAGCCGCCCACAACGCAUAGAAGUGCAGUACUAUAAAGGACAAUUUGUGUGUGUUUUAACUUUUAUACUCCUUUCAUUUCACCUCUUUCGUAGAACAGACUGUGAUGGAUACAUAUUUAAGUCCGGAUAGGACUAUAGUGUAAUUUGCCUAAUUUGUAUGUUAAUCAGUCAUAGGACCGCAGUGCCAGUAUUCCUGGACU